CAGCGUUCCGCGCGACAGUACGAAGCGUGUUGUUGGCCCAUAUUGUUACUUUUUCACCGCGAGAUUCAGGCUUCGGUUGAUAAUUGCGUUUCCCCACUUGCAGAACUCGGCAAGCUCAACUUGGAACUAGCCAAGGCCAAUUCGGACUUUGAGCAGCACCUGUGCGAAGCUGCCAGAAUUACCCAGAGCUGUGCUCCCCCCGCCAACAACAGACCUUUGUUGCUACUAAAAACCCAGGGCGAUAACAGCAAGAGCUCCUCCCACAACUCCUCCUCCACCGCUGCCUGCAGUAUCGUUGCCAACCACUAUCGGACGGCAGUUAACCCCCGGAGUGUGCUAGAUAAGACAGUAAAGCCUGUAUUCCGAGCAGAAAGCUGCCACCUCAACGCCCUCAUCCCGUCGAAGCAAUUCGUCAAGGUACAGAAGCAGUUCUACCGCGACUUCUCGUCCGUGUCACUGGGCUCCAGUCUCAAGAAUAGCGACGCCCCCUUGCUAGGCGACUUGUGCAGCCAGUACCGUGCCAUCCUAGCCCAUACCUCGGCGGACGUGGUGCCAGGCGAAGAUCGACAUCGAGCGCAGUGUAAUUACCAGCAGAAGCGGCGGUCGCAUCAGCACAACCACAGCCGGGAGGAGCAACUGGAGCAGGAAAAGAUGGCCCAGAAGGCACAGUUCGAGCGACUGCCCACGAAUGUGGUGCCCAGGCACUACGAGCUGUUACUGCAGCCUGAUCUCGAGGAGUUCACUUUCACGGGCAAGACCGUGGUGCAAGUCCAGGUCAAGGAGCCCACCAGCCAGAUCACACUGAACGCCCUGGACAUCACCAUCGAUUCGGUGGAACUGGACUACGAGUGCACCAAAUUAAAGCCGGAGAAGAUCGUUUAUUCAGUGGAAAAUGAAACGGCAACGUUGGAGUUCGGCAAGGAGAUCCCAAAUGACACAGCAGGCGUCCUGCGCAUGUCCUUUACGGGCGAGCUGAACGAUAAGAUGAAGGGUUUCUAUCGCAGCAAGUACUUUGGACCCAACGGCGAGGAGCGCUAUGCGGGCGUCACCCAGUUCGAGGCAACGGAUGCCCGGCGCUGCUUCCCCUGCUGGGAUGAGCCGGCCAUUAAGGCCACUUUUGACAUCACCCUGGUGGUGCCCAAGGAUCGGGUGGCGCUGUCCAAUAUGCCCGUCAUGAAGGAAGAUGCCCUGCCGGAUGGACUGCGACGUGUACGUUUCGACCGCACGCCCAUCAUGUCCACCUAUCUGGUGGCCGUCGUGGUCGGCGAGUACGACUAUGUGGAGGGCAAGUCCGAUGACGGCGUCAUUGUCAGGGUUUUCACGCCCGUGGGCAAGCGCGAGCAGGGCACCUUUGCCCUGGAGGUGGCCACCAAGGUUCUGCCCUACUACAAGGACUACUUCAACAUUGCCUAUCCGCUGCCCAAGAUGGAUCUCAUUGCCAUCUCAGACUUCUCCGCCGGCGCCAUGGAGAACUGGGGCCUGGUUACCUACCGCGAGACCUUUGUGCUGGUGGAUCCGAAGAACACGUCGCUGAUGCGCAAGCAAUCGAUUGCCCUGACAGUGGGCCACGAGAUAGCCCAUCAAUGGUUCGGCAAUCUCGUCACCAUGGAAUGGUGGACCCAUCUCUGGCUCAACGAGGGCUAUGCCUCGUUCGUGGAGUUCCUGUGCGUGCACCAUCUCUUCCCGGAAUACGAUAUCUGGACGCAGUUCGUCACUGAUAUGUAUACGCGCGCCCUCGAGCUGGACUCCUUGAAGAACUCGCAUCCCAUCGAGGUGCCCGUGGGCCAUCCGUCCGAGAUUGAUGAGAUCUUUGACGAGAUUAGCUACAACAAGGGCGCCUCGGUCAUUCGCAUGCUACACGACUACAUCGGCGAGGAUGACUUCAGGAAGGGAAUGAAUCUCUAUUUGACGCGUCAUCAGUAUGGCAACACCUGUACAGAGGACCUGUGGACUGCUCUGCAGGAGGCCAGCUCCAAGAAAGUGGCCGAUGUGAUGUCGUCGUGGACCCAGCACAAGGGCUUCCCGGUGGUCAGUGUGGAGCAGGAGCAGCAGGGCCCCAAAAAGCGUGUGCUGCGCCUGAAGCAGUGCAAGUUCACGGCGGACGGUUCCGAGGCCGAGGAGGAUUGCUUGUGGACGGUGCCCAUUUCGGUGUCCACCUCGAAGAAUCCCACGGGCAUUGCGAAGACCUUCCUGCUGGACAAACCCUCAAUGGAGGUGGUUCUGGAGAAUGUGGAGGAGAACGAUUGGAUCAAGAUCAAUCCGGGGACCGUGGGCUACUAUCGCACCCGCUACUCGUCCGAUAUGCUGGAGCAGUUGAUGCCUGCGGUGGCCAGGAUGGAGCUGCCGCCGCUGGAUCGCCUGGGCCUAAUUGACGACAUGUUCGCCAUGGUGCAGGCCGGCCACGCGAGCACCGCCGACGUCUUGGCUCUGGUCGAUGCGUACAGGAACGAGACCAACUACACCGUGUGGACGGCGAUCACCAACUCGCUGACCAAUCUGCACAUUCUCAUCUCGCACACGGACCUCAUGGACCACUUUCAUCGCUUCGGCCGGAACCUGUACGAGCCGGUGGCCCAACGCCUGGGCUGGGAACCGCGCGACGGCGAGAACCACUUGGACACACUGCUCCGCAGUCUGGUGCUCACGCGUCUCGUCUCGUUCCGCAGCGACGAGGUCAUCGAUUCGGCCCGCGCUCGCUUCCGCAGCCAUGUGACUGGCACGAAUCCACUGCCCGCCGAUCUGCGCACAACCUGCUACAAGGCCGUGCUGCAGGAUGGCGACGAGAAGGUCUUCGAGGAGAUGCUCAACCUGUACAGGAACACCGAUCUGCAUGAGGAGCAGGAUCGCAUCUCGCGUGCCCUGGGCUGCUGCAGCGACGUCAAGCUGCUGCGACGCGUCAUUGACUUUGCCAUGUCGGGCGAAGUAAGGGCCCAGGACUCGGUCUUUGUGAUCGUUGCCGUGGCCAUUAAUCCCAAGGGUCGCGACAUGGCCUGGGAAUUCUUUAAGGAGAACAACAAGCAGCUGCUGGAGCGUUACCAGGGCGGCUUCCUUCUUUCCCGUCUUAUCAAGUAUCUCAUCGAGAACUUUGCCACCGAGGAGCGGGCCAGAGAGGUAGAGGAGUUCUUCAAAGCAAACCAUAUACCCGGCUGCGAACGAACCGUCUCCCAGGCCGUGGAGACGAUCCGCCUGAACGCCGCAUGGCUGAAGCGAGAUAAGUUGGCGCUUUCCGCCUUCCUGGAGCAGAACUAAGAGCCAUUACGUCCGUCAGCAUACCAAAGCAUUUAACAAGAGCAAACAGCUAGCAGAGCACCAGCCACCAGUAGUAACCAGUAAACCGUAACCAGGCCAUCAAUGUCACCGUCAUUACACACGACCAAAGCACAGUCACAAAUUAAGUAAAAUGCAUGCAAAGAAGAGCCCAGUAGGUUUAGAUUUAGCCAAGGAAUCACCUCCGACGACGACGACGACAACUGGGAUUGACCCCUGAAAGGACGCCUCAGCUUAUCGAUUGUAUAUUCCCGCAUUCUAAAAAUUAUGUACGUGUUGAGUUUAUUUUAUGGUAAAUAAAUGAAAUUUCCUAGUAAGAAACGAA